AUGGAUUUCAUCUCGAGCCAACAGACGCGAAUUCUAGACGACUUUUUUGAGCAAACAAGAAGUUUAAUUGAGCUGGGAUUUGCUUAUUCAGCAGCACAUGAAUCGUACCUAAAGAAACUUGAUUGUCAUCAUCAAAAAAUUAAGAUGAUUAAAAAUAACCAAAGGGCGAAUCCAAUGAUUGGAAACUGCUACGAUCGAAUGCUGAUGCAUGAGUAUAUCCAUUACAUAUUUAUUCUUAUUCGUGCUGGACUGAAUUAUGUGAAAAAUAAUCCAAAAUAUUUGGAUAAGGUUGAUCAGGUUCAGAGAGUUUUGAAUGAACAUGGAGAGUUUAUAAGGAACUCGAAGGCUCAAUUUCCAAGUGCUGCAUACUUUGAGCAAAGCAAUGGACGUGACACAGUUAGUCACAGUACACCUAAAAGAGGUCCUGUUAAUGAAAUCUUGCUUAAUCAGACAUACGUCAAGCCUCAUCCAAAUCUGAUCAAUCAAAAUCCAGUCAAACAACAGCCAAAUACAGUCAGACAUCAUCCAAAUCCAAUUCCAAUCAAGCAACAGCCAAACACAUUCAGGCAUCAUCCAAAUUUGGUCAAACAACAGCCAAACACAUUCAGUCAUCAACCAAAUCCAGUCAAGCCAUAUUCAGUUAAUCAACAUCCAAAUCUAAUCCAACAACAUCCAAAUCCAGUCAGAGCUAGAACAUUUCCAGCAAGACAUAGUCCAUCAACAGACGACAACAAUGCAUUUAAGGAUAUUUAUGACCACAUGAACAAUUUGAGCAUUAAAAUUGAUGAAAUUAGGAACAAAACUUACAAUUUGGACAAAAUGCAUUCAACUUCUAGAUCCUCAAGUGACUGCCUAAAGAAAUUUGAUAACGAAAUUUCCAAACAACUGUUGGAACUUCAAAGCAAGAAAAAGAUCAGAAUGAAGCAACGAGAAAAAGCUAAUAAGGUUGAGCAGACGAUGCCUAAGCAGAACCUCAACAACAUGUUCGAUCCAGUCAUUAGAGAUGAGGAUGGUGACAUUAAGGAUUCCUUUUUCGAAUAUCCAUCAGAAGUGAUUGUUAAUAACGAGACAUUCAUCAAGCAACAGCAGCCACCUAAAAUUGGAAGAAUCGAACGAAAUAUUGUCAUUCCGAUUCAAGUCGAUGAGAAUCAAAAAUAUCCAAAAAUCAAGCCAUAUGCCUAUUUUGAGGAAGCAAAUGAUGGAUCCAUGAGAAUUAAUGUCCAUUUGGAAUUUGAUGAGAAAGUCUUGUGCAAUGAUAAGCUAGUGAAUCAAAUUAAAGUUUUAGGUACUUGCAAAACGUUUUCUAACCCCACCCUAAGAAAGCUUUGA